UUGUCUCUCCGCCAAUAAAACAAGAGAGCCACCGUGUAUAAAACAACAGAGGCAGAGAAGAGAGACCGACCGAUCGAUCGUCACCGGGCGAGGCGAGACCGCGAGAGAGACUACAUACUAGCUAGACGGCCAGCCGGGAGCGAGCGGCCUAUAGCGACAGCAAGCAGCAAGAACACGCGAGCACCAGAGAGGGAGAGAGAGAGAGGGCCGGGCCGGGCCGGCCGGGAAUAAAGCGAGCGAGCGAGCGAACGGCAUCCAUGGCCGACCACCACGGGCAGGGGGGGCGCGGCGGCCCGGGGGCAGAGGAGAUCAAGGAGCAGGACCGGCUGCUGCCCAUCGCCAACGUCGGGCGCAUCAUGAAGCAGAUCCUGCCGCCCAACGCCAAGAUCUCCAAGGAGGCCAAGGAGACGAUGCAGGAGUGCGUGUCCGAGUUCAUCAGCUUCGUCACCGGGGAGGCCUCCGACAAGUGCCACAAGGAGAAGCGCAAGACCGUCAACGGCGACGACGUCUGCUGGGCCUUCGGCGCCCUCGGCUUCGACGACUACGUCGACCCCAUGCGCAGGUACCUCCACAAGUACCGCGAGCUCGAGGGCGACCGCGCCGCCGCCGCCGCGUCCUCCCGCGGGGGCGGGGGCUCCACGUCCACCUCGGCCGGCCCCGACGCCGGGGCAGGAGCAGGACCCAGCAGCGGUCAUUUCAUGUUCGGCGCCAUGGACAGGAGCGAUAACAACAGCUCCUCCAGGCCCUUUUAAUCCAUCUUAAUUCUUGCCCAAGAGCUCAUCGCUUUCUACUCAUUUUUGGAGAGGUAGCGUAGAUCGAUGGGAACACCAGGAGCGAGGAACAGGCUAGUGAUGUAUUUGAUCGGUGAAGAUGGCCGGAGCUGAGACCUACCGGCCGGAGGAUCAUAUAUAUCGUCGGUCGGAGGUGCAUGUAACUGCACUGCACAUGAUCGAUCGACUCGGUCUGAUUUAUUUAAUUGGCAUCAGAAUGUUAAUUUGCAUUGUCUCUAGUCUGCACAUUGUUACGUAGCUUAAUUAAUUUCAGUUGAUUUUAGUUUUGUAGCCGGCGGCCGGUAAGAAUAAUAUAUAUUCUAGAUUCAAAAGUUAUUGAUGCUGCUCUUGGCUCGUAA